AUGUGGUCAUGCAGCCCAUACGCGACAUGCGGUGAUGUCAACGCAGGUUGUGGUGUCUCAAGUGCGGCGGCUCCCGUCUCCUGCCUGAUUUACAGUGAGGCCUUGGAGGCGCUUGCUGUUGCGGAUGAGAACGGCAAGAGUACUCUUUUCUUCUACGUUGGGAGUCCGGGUGUGGCUGAUUCCGAUGAUCAGGGGAAGAAAGACGAGCUGGGGCAGCUGUGGGAAAAGCGCGUAUGCUGCAGUGUGGGCAAGUCACCCAUUUCCAUGCAGUUUGGGCCCACACCCAGGCUUCUCAGCAUCCAGUUCCCCACGCAUUUGACGUUGUGCUGCCGGGAGUUUCUUCGAAACAGAUUUCGCGGCGGCUCGAUUGCCCUGCAGAUCAGUCUGGAAAAGGUCGUCAUUGAGCACCUAGAGGCACCUGACUCUCGGGAAAUCGAGUUCCCGUCAAUGCAGAUAUCGGGUUUGGACAUCAGCGAGGGUCACGUGCUGGCCUGGGAUGGGAACCUGGCGAAGGUUGCCGCCACUCAGGGGCAAGGGGCCCAGAUGAUGUGGUCAUUUGCAUGCAGCGCGACAUCCAUGGCAGCGCACCGGGACACUGUCUUUUGCAUCGGCGAGGCAAGGCUGGAAGCACGCACUGUAACCGGGACGGUAAAGCAAACAAUGUCGUUCGAAAAGGACUGGGGGUCGCCAAUUCACGUGGAUGCAAGCGAGGACUACUUGGCGGUUGUGACAGAUCGACAGCGAGCGAAGAUUUUCAAAGUUGGCGGCAGGGAGUGUAAGCCGGUGUCGCCCGCCGUCGCCAUUGUUUUCGAUGGCGACCAGUUUGGCUCCGUGGAAGCCAUGCGCGUCAAUUGCAACGGAACCAAGGUCAGUUUUCUGGCGACCGCAAAAGAGAGACCCACAAGGGACGCCCGGGUGUUUGUCUUGGACAUCGAGAGUGGCAUCACAUCUUCCCACGAUUUCUCCCAGAGCUCCCAGAUGCCCGAGGCCAUGUUCUGGGAUGCGCACGAGGCAAGCCUGCUCGCGGUCCAGACCUCACGCGCUGCAUCGAGAAGCUCGAAGCAUUGCGAAGCCCCUGGCUGCGAAGUGGCAACCUUCUUUGCGACCCAGGAUCAUGGGCUAAUCUCGCAUGAUAUUCAAGCCCUGCCUGCUGGCAAGGGGCUCGUCGGCAUAGACGCUCCUCACCUGCUGGUGUUCUCUCCGCCGUCCUCUGCGAAGGCAGAUACCGCGUCUGGCAACAGGUUGGCUGUGGCUACGCGAAUGGGAUGCUUUGCAGGCGUACAAGAAAUUUCACAGAAUACCAAAGUUGGGCUCCUCGAGUUUAGCUGCCAGUUGUCAAUCGGCGCCACCGAGGAAGCUGUCAAAGCCAUUGAAAAAAUACAGGAUCCUGCGGUUUGGGAGAACAUGGCUCAAUUGUGCAUCCGGAACGGGCGCUUGGACGUCGCACAGCUCUGUCUGGGAAACAUGGAGCAUGUUCGUGUCUCCAGGGCAUUGAGACAAACUGAAAACAGCAUGCGCUUGGAAGCGCGAGUGGGGACUGCGGCCGUCCACAUAGGCAUGGUGGGGGAUGCCAAAAGGCUGCUCUCGAAAAGCGAAAGAUUCGACCUGCUCAACGACGUGCUGCAGGCAUCAGGAAACUGGGAGAAAGCAAUGGAAAUCGCGGGGGACAAAGAUCGCAUUCACUUGAAGGCCACCCACUACAAAUUGGCGAAACAGCUGGAGUUGAACAAGGAUUACAGGGGGGCAGCCCAAGAGUACACCAGCGCAGGGAGGCAUCGGAAGGAAGUACCUCGUAUGUUGUACCAGUCAGGCAACAUUGAGGAGCUUGAAAGGUACAUCAAAGGAUCAGGUGAUCGCGAGCUGCUGCGCUGGUGGGCGCGGUACCUCGAGAGCCAGGGCGACUUCGCCGGAGCCAUGCGCCACUACCAGGAGGCCGAGGACAUCGUGGCCGCCGUGCGCACCUGCGCCUUCACGGGCGACCUGGCAAAGGCGGAGGACAUCGCCCGCGAGACGGGGCAUGCCGGCGCCAUGUUUUAUAUGGCCAGGCAGUACGAAGCUCAGGGCGCCGUCGAGGAAGCCAUCAGGUGUUACUCGGUGGCGAAGCGGUAUCGGCAAGGCGUGCGGCUGGCGCUGCAGUACGGAAUGGAUCAGGAGCUGAUGAGCCUGGCGCUGCAGAGCGAGCCGCGUGUCAUGACCGAGGCCGCCGACUAUUUUCACGCCAGGCAGGACUGGGACAAGGCCGUGCAGCUCUACCACAAGGGCGGGCAGCCCAAGAAAGCACUGGAGCUGUGCGUCAAGGGCCAUUUAAGUGAUGCCCUGGACAACAUAAUCGGGGAGCUGGACACCGACGGCGACCCCGCCCUCCUGUCGAGCGUCGGAUCCAUGUUGCUGCAGCGCGGCGAAUACCAAAAGGCAGCUAGACUCUUUCUGCGUGUCGGCGACGUGGAGCGGGCGCUGGACAUGUGCAUUCGAUACGAUGUGUUGAUCACAGAGGACAUUGCCGAGGCCAUGUCUUCGGCGGCGCCAACCAGCAGUACUGCCGAACGCUCCACCCUCCUUUCCCGCAUCGCCAAAGUGUGCAAGCACCAGGGGGCGUUCUCGCUCGCGGCCAAGAAAUACGCGGAGGCUGGCGAACGGCUGAAGUCCAUGAAGGCCCUCAUCAAGGCCAGAGACACGGACAAAAUUGUGUUCUUCGCUGGCGUCUGCCGCCAGCGCGAGGCGUACCUGAUGGCCGCCAACUAUCUGAGGACCCUUGACUGGCACGGGGAUCCCAGCCUUAUGAAGCACAUAGUGUCCUAUUACACCAAAGGCAGGGCGCACGACAGCCUCGUGGCCUUUUACGAGGCCUGCGCCCAGAUCGAGAUCGACGAGUACCGUGACUACGACAAGGCCUGCCAGGCGAUGCGAGAAGCCCUCAGGCACGCCGAGAAGCUGCCGUCCGGCGAUCUCCUGGAGGGCCUGUCGCAGCGCCUGGAGGCGAUGGAGAGGUUCGUGGGCGCGAGGAGGGCCAUCAGCGACGCGCCGGAGCAGGCCAUGGAUAUGUGCACCCAGCUGCUCGAAGAGAUUCCUGACGAUGCGCAGAUGAGCCAGGCUUGCCUCCGAGGCGGGGAUGUGUACGCCCUGAUGGUGGAGUAUUGGUACGAGAAGGGAGACGUGAAGCAGGCGUUCGAACUCGUGCAGCGUAUGGAUGGACGGAACAUCGCAUUGGGCCCUUACAUAGACAGAAGCAUGCUGGAAGCGAUCAAGCAGGCUGCAGGCGUUGAGGCGCCAUACUCUGCUUUUGGGGAAGAUGGUGACAUCAUUGAAGAGGACAUGCGUCCCAGAGUCGACGAUGACGAUAGCGAAUACGAUACCGAUUGA